AAUUGUUAUUCAUUGAAUAAACAUUAUGAAAAUAAUUUUGUUGGUAGCCAUUGCCUUGGCAGGCAUUUGCUUCACACAGGCAGCUGUCUACACUGAAAAAUAUUUCCGCGAUCAAAACUACCCUGGCAAAUGUGUGGUCGCUGGUAAGGUAUUGAAUCCUGGCCAGAGUAUUAAACAUCCUACUAUGGAUUGUGCUGAAGUGACUUGUGAUAAUUCGAUUGGUAUGGCCACCAUUGAAACCUGUGAUCCCAUUUCGGCUUUAGCAUCUCCAUUGGAAAAACUCAAAGAUUAUGAUCGCAAAAAUCCACCUAAGUGUACAUGGGGCGAUUUUAAAAAUACUAAAGCGUUAUAUCCUAAAUGUUGUGAGCGUCAUUUUACUUGUGUGUUUUAGUUUAAAAUUGUUUUGUUUUUUUUUCUUUCUCGAAAUGGCGAAAUAAAAAUAAAAACUAUAAUAAACUGUUA